AUGUUCCGCACCAGAGGCCAUCGAUCUCCUGGAUUGGACAAUGAAUGGAUGUUCCGUCAGUACAUGGCCUGGGCGGAGUUCUACCUUGCUCGGCGUCACUUUGAGAGAGGGGCAAUCAGGGCCAAGGGCGACACACUGGAUCUGGCGAGUAGAAUCUGGAAUGUCGGGGAGAGGGAAUUGAUUCGAAGGGCGAGAGGAGGGUGGUGUGGCAGCGGGGACACGGAUGCAGCUUUGACGAAGGACGAAAGUCGCCAAUCUAGUGACACGGAAGAUGUGGACGAACAAGACGAGAACCCACUCAGGUGUAUGACGAUCUACGACGAUGAUCCUCGCGCGGAAUACGACUACCCGGAGUUUGAGGUCUUGGAGCGACUGGAAAGUGUGAAUGAGGCCUGGGACGAAGACAGUUUGGAGAGGGUAAGGGGUGGAAUGGAUAUGCUCUGCUACAAGUUUGGUGUUCCCGUGCUGCCGGAUGGAGCACCGUUCACGUAUUUCGCCAUGACGAAAGAUGUGGCGAAGAGGUGUGAUGGCGCAAAGCCGGCAUGCAAGCUAUGCAUUGAGCUUGGAUUCGAUUGCAUCUACGAACAACCGGUCAAAGCCGGCGGAUCUGGAAUACGUACAAGCCAAGAUGGCUACGACGAGCGACUAAGGGCUGUGGAGCAAACACUUCAGAUGCUGGUGCAGCAUGGGGCUGCAGACGCCAAUCCCUCCGCACGAGAUUUGUCCCAUAGUGAGCAUGUUCGUGGCUCCUCGGCCGCUGUGACGAUUCUCGAUGUCUCGCCAGACGGACAAGGACGCGAUGCGCCCGUUGAUGGUCUGGUCACCGUUGCAGAACUUGACAACUCGGAAGGCACUUUCUAUGGGCCAUCAUCGAACGUGAUAUUCAUCCGAGAGCUAUCAGCUGCUAUAAGCAUCCGUCUGCGUAGAAUGCGUUCGGCGCCAGGAAUGCCAGGAUCCGAAGAGCACUCUCUUUUGACUCGCGCGGCGUCACCUCAGCUGCGAGGUCGAAUCACCUCUGGCUUAUCACCUGGACCAGCCGACAUUCGCAUCCUGCCAUCUGAGAAGCAUGUCAGGAGACUCAUCGAGCUAUUCUUCAACGAUACAGGACUUCUGUUUCCCUUUGUGUGCAAGCAACAAGUGCUGCAAGCGUACAACGCAGCGAAAGUUACCGGCUUCAGCGGUGUUCCACGGCCACUUCUGUGCUUGCUCAACGUCAUCUUCGCCUUCGCAACAUACAUUAGCAUCCAUCCAGGCUCUGCGAGCGAGGCUGAUGCAAAUGACGCAGAAGUCUUCUUUCAACGGGCAAGACAGCUCGUUCACGACGACCAACUACAAUCGCCAAGCCUGAUGCUAAUUCAAGCACUGCUCCUGAUGUGCCUCUACCGGCAGGGCUCGCAAGUUGUCGAUGAUCCUUGGCAGCUGCAUUGUCUCGCCUUUCGUUCUGCGAUGCAACUGGGUCUACACUCACCAAGCUUCUCCGAAGGUCUGACAGCUCUCGAUAUGGAAGUCCGAAAGCGAGUGUGGUUCGGUUGUGUUGGUAUUGAUCGAAUCCUGGCGAUGUCUUAUGGCCGACCACCAGCGAUCCCGGAGUCAUACGUCAAGCUUGACCUUCCUACGGACUGCAGUCUGGAAACGCUGUCUGACAGACAUUCAGCUAGUCCCGGUCGUUUGCCAGGAGGCGCAAGCACUGCAUCGCUCUACAUCCACACAACAUUACUCUACCGCGUUCUUCACGAUAUUCUAGAGCAGAUGUAUGGCUUUAACCUAGAUUCGAGACAGGUACUGAGUCUGGCAGACAUGCUUCCUGUCGUAGUGGCGCUGGAAACGCGAAUGUCAUCAUUAGAGCAAAAUCUCCCUCCGGGACUGAAGCUACGGCCAUGGGUAAACACUGUCAGAUCAACGGGGAUGGAUCCAGAAUUCAGUCGAUUGAGCGUCAUAAUGCGGCGACGAAUCCUCAAUGUCAGAUUAUUGCUGCACCGACCGGUACUGGUCCUCUUGCUCGAAAGCAGAAGUGCAGUGAAUAGGGCGACACAGGAAUACGACAUGGUCGUCGAUAUGGCGCAGAACUCGGUCAAAUACUGCGAAGCAGCAGCGCUCGAAAUCAUCGAGAUUGCGUAUGCCCUCCGCUCAAGACCAUCGAUGUUGGGUGCUUUCUGGUUCGCGUCAUAUUACACAUUCAAUGCCGCGCUGACCAUUUUCGCCUGUCUGAUGCUGGACAUCGAUACGUGCUUCCGAAACACUUCUCACGAAGGAAAUACGGCCGAAGAAUCGCUCCACGUGGCGAGACUGCUAUCUUCCAUUGAAACGAAGGGCACAGCUCUGAAAAAGGCACUCGAAGUGGUGGACAGUCUUGGAGGGAACACCAGAUCUGGGCGGAGGAUCCGGAAGACUCUUGUGAAAGUCUUCAAGGCUGCUCAAAUGCUUUGUUCGCAUAAUUCGGAGAUCAGUCGGACUUUUGCAGGAGCGCUCGGGUCAUCGAUUGCGGUUGGCGAGCAGAGUGAGGAACAGCAGCUGGGCUCCGGGGCAGCAGCAAGACAUGCUCAGAGUGCAAGUGGAGGCUUGAAUGGUGAGGGUCCGGAUUCACUUGGGAUGUUGGACUUUGAUGCCACUCAGAUGUGGAACGAUGUCAAUUUUGAUGAUAUUUUCGGUGACAUGAUGACUUUUGAUGGGGUGGGAUUUACAGCGCUGUAG